UCAGAGAACUCAAAGCACGCGCUCUAUUCCUCUUAUCCAUUUCUUUUUGUCUUUUUUCCUUUCCUCCUUAAAUAUUUUUUUUUGUUUUACAAAUGCUGUAUUUAACGGCAAAUAAAUUUCUAAUCGGAGUGAAGGAAUUAAGCUGCUAAUUAUUAUCCAUGGAAAAAAAGCAUCUUUCCUCUAUUGCCGACGACAUUAUUUGCAGAUGUGCCCAGAAGUUGGACACCUCUGUGGAUAAACUAGUGCAUGAAUUUGAGGCUGGAUGGGAGCCUGACAUGGAGGGAUAUUCGAGGAAGUUAGUCGAGUUUUGCUGCUCCAAGGCCCUCACAGAUAUGUGUAGUAAGUUAGAGGAUUCAAUUGACAAUGGUGAUUUUAUGCGGUUCACAUUUGAUAUGAUGCUGGCGUGGAAAAUGCCUAGUUCAGAAGCAGAAGAGACACAUGGAGAGUCUUUGGCGAAAGAAAAAGAAGAUAAAAAAGUGGUCUCUGAGAUGCCUCUGGAACAAGAUGAUAUUCCUUUGUUCUACUCGGAUCUCUUGCCGUUCCUUGUUAACCAUAAACCAAGUGUUGGAGAGGAUGCUUUCUUGUGGCUGGCGACACUUGUAAAUUUAGCAGCUGAUUUUGUUAAUGGAAGAUGUACUUUCGAGACUCUGACAGCACCUACAGAAAAUCGACUGCAUUUUCCUUCUUAUAACAUAUUCUUGAAGGAGAUUAUAAAGUGCAUAAAGCAUUUGCAGAAACAAGCAACUCCAACAGGUGUGGAGAUGGCAGAUGACGAGUUUAUAAUACACGUGGAAGGAACUGCAAGUUCACAAAGAAUAGUGCGCCAUAUUGGAGGGACAAGUUGGCCUGGUAGGCUGACAUUAACAAACUAUGCCCUGUACUUUGAGGAAUCUGGAGUCAUCUCUUACAAAGAUGCUCUUAAGCUCAACCUUUCGGAAGACUUCGAGCAGAGUGUCAAAACUGCUGCUACAGGUCCGUGGGGUGCUCCGCUCUUUGACAAGGCCAUAGUAUAUGACUCUUCUAAAUUGGAAGAAGCUGUUCUCUUGGAAUUUCCAGAAAUGACAAGUUCAACAAGACGCGACCAUUGGCUUGCUCUUAUAAAGGAGAUAAUAUUAUUGCAUCGGUUUUUACGGAAGUUUAAGGUCGAUUCACCUUUGGGGUCAUGGGAGAUGCACGCAAGGACAAUACUAGGAAUUAUAAGGCUUCAUGCAGCUAGAGAAAUGCUUAGGAUAUCCCCACCAAUUCCCAAGAAUUUCUUAAUUUUUGAUUUUCUUGACGAGUUGCCGAAGGGAGAUUAUGUGCUUGAAGAGCUUGCCGAGAGUCUGAAGAAAGUAGACGCUGGACAUCCUUGUAGCGCUAGCUCAAUCUUGAGAAGCCUGAAUAUCUCCCUAUUGUCUGUUCCCACCGAAGCAUCCAAAGAAACUGAUGAUAAUAGCCGCCUCGCUGUCCAAACGGACGAUGUCUCAUCAUUGGGGAAUGCUAUUGAUCAAGCAAGAGAGGAAGCAAAAGAAAUUGAAAAGGCGAAAGCUACUGUUCGGGAGCUGAAAGGGGAAGGAAUGGGGAAUAGUGUCCAGGUUCUUAUGGAUCUUAUCAAACCGUUCGGGAGGUUAGUGCCUUAUCUUCAAGAGGUAUUUACAUGGGAAAGACCUGUAUGCACUUCCAUUUUUGUGGUGACAGCACUCAUAGUCAUUUACACAGAGUGGGUUGGCAAAGCAAUAGCAGCUCUCCUAUUAGCGACAGUUGCUACGAUGCUGUGGGCAAGACAAAGAGGGGUACUAGAUAAGGCAAAUAAAAUAGUUAUCUACACUGGAUCUGAGCAGACAACGAUGGAAAGCAUAGUGUCAGCACAACACGGACUAAGAAAUGUUUAUGACUUGGUUCAGAGAAUGAACAUUGUACUACUGAAAAUCUGGUCCAUAUUCGUUUCAAAAGCUCCAAAGCAUGCAGAUUUGGUAAUGGUAGCAAUGGUUGGUACUGCGGUGAUAUUAGCGGUGGUUCCUUUGAAGUUUAUCCUUAUGGCUUUGACGUUGUGCCCCUUUGUGGCAACAUCAAAGAUUGGGAAAUACAUGGAAAAUGAGAAACUAAAUCGGAGAAUGAAGGAGUGGUGGGACUCUAUACCUGUAGUCCCUGUCGAAUUUUUGGAAAAGAUAGCUGAUUCAUAAUAUUGGAGGUUCUCAUAGUCAUGGUAUACUCCCUUUCCUUUCAUGUAAAGUUGAUGCGAGGUCAGUCUAUUUUCCUUUUUUUGUUGGCUGGUUCUAUCAGUUUGAUCAGUUUUGACAAAUUUCAUUCAGUGUCAUGUGUGUGAUCCCAGUGCACACUGAAUACAUAUCCGUUGGUCGGGCACAAAAGAUGGAACUAUUUGUCAUGAGAAUUAAAUAUGAUAAGAGUUUACACACAUCUUGUAUUUAUCAAAGUCAGAAGUAUGGUGAAAUUAAGUUUGGUAUCUCCAUGUUUGAGCUUUU